GUGCACCGUAUAUAUGGUACGUUGAACCAACCGUCAGCAAAACAUUCACUGAUAAGAUGUUGGUUUGGAAGCACUGUUUACUGUUGUGCAUGGUAGCUGCCUGUGUCCAACCUUCGUUCGGUGUAAAGGCAUCGUUUGAACGUUUUGAGCAAUUUUUCGGACAGGAGUACAUAGAUUUUGAUCUGCGCGUUCGCAAAUACAACCGCACUGAGAUGACACUUAAUGGGACCAUUUUCGUGAAUCAACCCAUAGAUGAUACGAUCGUGUUCUCAACCGACGUAUUUCUCAGCCGGCUCGGAAAUCAACAGUUUCAGCACUAUCCGAUGCAUCUGCCGACGAGCGGUUUGUGUGAGUUUUUAGACCAUCUGCAUGAAGAGUAUCCGGCGUUUAUCAUAGAUAUUGCGUAUAUUGCACAACCAUCUGAAUGCCCAGUAACUGAGCGAGCCAUGCACAUUCAGGAUAAGUUGUUCCCAACUGAGGUCCUUCCUGAAUCACUGUCAACUGGUUUGUGGAAAAUGGUGAUCUCUGGGACAUUGAACGAAACGAUAAUAAUGCGCUAUAUGUUCAGCAUUCGUCUAUCUGAUGACUACAUGACCUAUUAG